CACCGUCUCGUUUCUCUCUCCUCCCCUCGCCCGUCUUCCCUCCUGUGCGAGCUCAGCUCACGGUCCUCCCACCCCCACGAGCGCCUCCGCGGCGAGGAAGAGAUAAUCAGCAGGCGGAGCGGGGGGCGCGCCGAUGGAUCUGGAGAGGCCGCCGCCGGCGUCGGCGGCGGAGGCGGCCGGGGCCGCGGCGUGCUCCAUCUGCCUGGAUCCGGUGCUCGCCUGCGUCGCGGGCCGGUCCGUCGCCAAGCUGCAAUGCGGACACGAGUUCCACCUAGAUUGUAUUGGGUCUGCAUUCAAUGCAAAAGGAGCGAUGCAAUGCCCUAACUGUCGGAAGAUUGAGAAAGGUCGCUGGCUUUAUGCAAGUGGACGUCACCCCCCUGCUGAUAUUGAUAUGGGUGGAUGGGUGACUAGCGACAACUAUGAUAUCACCUCCGAGCUUCCUUUUGGAUUUCAAUGGUGUCCCUUUAGUGGAUUCACCCAGCUAGCAUCAAUGUUAGGGGUGCGUGAAGCUGAGCCAACUUACCACACAACUGGAGAUCACUCAAGUGCUGCAAGCAGUUCACUUGUUUGCCCAUAUCUUGCCCUGCGUGGUUUUCUCCAUCCUGUUAAUGUGCCUUCUACUUCUAAUUCUGGUGCUGAAAGCACUUCAUUUCAUCGGCACUCAACUGGCUUGGAAGGACAUGUCACUCCUGAUUUGAACAAUGCUCCAGUUUUCCAUGCUACCGAGUCAAGAAAUCAUGACAGUGAGCACAGACAUUUGAGUAAUCUUCCUGUAUCAGGAACUCCUGAAUAUUCUAUGACUCCAUUUGGGAUAGGAGUACCAAGAUAUGACAGUGGCAGCCAACAGGGAUUCCGAUCAUAUGCACAUCAUCAUCCCCUAAUCCAUAGGCUGACCCCUCGCAGCGGAAGCAAUCUGGUGGCACCAUUAGGGUCAGUUCCAGCCGUCGUGGCAGAGACUAGAGGCCAUGGCCAUGGUGCACCGGGCCAUAUGUACCAGCACUCAUCUGUGCAGGGCAGCCCGUUCCCUCCUACCACCAGAAGGGUUAGGCCCAGAGCCUUGACGAUUACGUCUUUCAUCGCAGCGACUUCCUCAGCUGAGAUUGCAGGGCCCCUUGGCCACGGGUUUCCCGCUCCUGGAGCCGUGAACAGGAGCGUUUCUGAUGCCGAGGGCAUCGACCGAGCGUACACAUGGGGCCGGGAGGGAUAUGAUCUGUUCCCUUGGACCCCUGCUGAAUGGGGCACCUUCAAUCCCAUGCAGAACCAUGCGCAUGGAAGCUUUACCAGAAGGCCUGCUGGGGAGCGGAUGCCGCAGAGUCGCCCCGAGAACGGAUACCAGCCGCCUGUGCCCACUUCACAGAGGAUGCCACCGUUCUUGUGAUCAGACGAGGCUGCCUCUCCAAUUGCUGUGUAUAAAAUUAUUUGAUUCGGGGUUUGGCAGAGAACAACGAGCGAAUAUCGACCGCACGGCAGCAUCGAAACUGGUCGGCUAUGAGACCUGUGUGUGUGUGAUGUUUAUGAUGAUGCCGCUCGUAUUUUUAGCGCUUUCGGUCCAGCGGCGCUCAGGUUUCGUCGAGCGCUGUCGUUUGUCCUGACUGAUAUGGUGUUGCGUUGAGAAGGACUGUUUGAGCUAAACUGCAUCUCUGGUCCCGGGAUUCG